GAGCUCGCUCAGCGAUUUGAUUUCCCACACUUCAAGCGAGUGGCUCUCGUUGUGGUGGGCGAACCCCCGGAGGCCUUCAAGUCGAAAGUUCACGCAGUCAUCCUUGCGGAGAAGCAGGAGAAGAUGGAUGCUGAAUGGAAAGCUCGUUCCGCAGAGAGGGAGCGGCAGAAGCAGAUCGAGUCUCUGCGGGAAAAGCAGCGAGCUCUUGAGGAAGCACAGCGAAAGUCAGUUGAAGCUGCCAAGGCAGAGGGCCAGACAGAAGGCGGCGAGAAGUCAGAGGUUAAGGAUGAGGAGAUGAAGGAGGAGGGCGCGGAGGUUAAGGAAGAGGCGAAGGAAGAAGCAGAUGCCCAGAUGAAGGAGGAGCCUAAGGAUGAAGAGGCCCCACCAGUUGCUGAGUUGGACGAGGAGGAAUCACGACUCUGGUUUUUGCCACGCACUUGCAGUGACAUGGUCUCGGUGGCCUUCAACAGUACUUUCGCAGACUUCACUUUGCCAGACGAGUCGGAGAACUUCUCCGAGAUCCGAUACGAGUGGGCUGGAGAAGUUGCAAGCAAAGACUACAUGAAGUCCUGGAUGCAGGCCAAGAAGAUCACCACUCGCGUGGAGGACCUCUUCCCGGACGAGAGCUUCACAAACAGAGUCCUGGACUGGCAGCGAGCGCAGGGCGAGUGGCAGUUCAGGCAGAAGGAGUUCAAAGCCGACCCAGUGAAGCAGCAGGCGGCAAACACUCGCAUGGAGAAGGAGAAGAAGUACCUGCACAGGUUGGAGAAUCCCACGCCGCAGGAGGAGCCGGCAGAAGGCGAGGAGAAAGCAAAGGAGGAGAAAGCUGAGGGCGACGACGCCGAGAUGGAGGGCUUCUUGAUUUAG